UAUAAAACCAUUAUGUUAAACAGAACAGCAGUGCAUUAAACGUACCGUGAUAUCAACGAAAUGAAGAAAAACGUGAGAUUUUUAUUAUGUUUCAUUUCUUUGGUGAAACUAACAGAAUGUAGUGGGUGUCCAGAAUCAGUGAAAUAUGCAGUCCAGACGGUGACCGAAGACUAUACCUAUGAAACAAAGCAUUUCGAUACAAAAGUUAUUUCGCCAAGUGAAGACACGUUUAGUAUAACUUUAGAGAGUGAUGUACCAAUUCUUUGCAAGGGAAUGUUGAACAUUACGAAACCUACACAUCAUUUCUAUGGUUCAAGCAGCGGUAUUAAAGAAAUAGAACCCGGAACAUUUGAAAACCAGAAUAUCGACUCUCAACUGCUUCUGCCGUAUAAUUCUCUAACGGUUAUAAGAAGAGGUACCUUCAGAAAUAUGAUAAUUACCCAACUGGAUUUAACUUAUAAUAAAAUUACUACUAUAGAAAAGGGAGCUUUGCAACACUUACCACUUUUGAGUAUACUUAAUUUAGGAAGGAACAGAAUCAAGGAAUUUCACCCAAAUUCCAUAGUGUCCACUCCGAAGCUUUUAUUUUUUGACAUGUCUCUAAACAAGUUAGAAAAACUAGAAGAAAAUCAUUUCUCUUUUAUGAGUAAAGAAAGGAACGUUGGGAUUGGACUUGCUGAAAACAAACUAAGAGAAAUCCAUCCCAAAGCUUUUAAGGGCAUUGACGUUUUCACUUUAAACUUGACUGGUAAUCAUUUAAGUGCUAUACCAAAGGAAGUUUUUGCAAAUAACAAGUUGUCCUACCUAGCCAUAGCUUACAACGAUUUAACGCAUUUGGACCAAGAAUUCUUCGAUAUGAAUACGACAAUCCUGAGAGAUGUUCAGCUUGAGGGAAAUCAUUUUAACAAGAAAACACUUAAGAAGCUGAAACCAUUUAUGAAGAUAAUUGAAGAGAACAGAAGGCAGGAUCAACGAUAUCACCAGUUUGAUGAUACAGUCCAUUACAGAUGAUUCAAUGAAUUUCAAAAUGUGUGAAAAGUAAAUUGUGAAGAAAAAUAAAAUUGUCUGAUAAUGUG